AUGACUAGGAAAGUGAAGAUAGAAGCCCCUACAUUUGAUGGUCAAAUGAAUCCCAAACUUUUUCAAGAUUGGUUAGCUGAGAUGGAUGCCUACUUUGAGUGGUACAGGAUGAUUGACCCUUAUUGGGUCCAAUUCGCUAAGAUGAGGUUGAUUGGACAAGCAAAACUCCAUUGGAUGAAUGUGGAGAGGCAAGAGGCUCGCCUACGUCAUAGGCCCAUUGAACAUUGGGAUUUGAUGAAAGAUAGGCUCACUGAAAAGUAUGUGCCUAUUAGCUAUCAAAAGCGCGUUAUGGAUCAACUCUAUAGCUUGCGCCAGGGUAAUAUGACUAUUUCUGAGUAUAUGACCCAAUUCGAUAAGUUGUCUAUUAGGUGUGGAGUUGAUGAGAUAGAGAGCCAACAAAUUGCUAGGUUCCGCACUGGAUUAAUGCCUGAAUUAAGGAGAGAGAUGUUUCCCCAUCAUAUAACAUCUCUUGAACAAGCAUUUAAUCUAGCUCAUGACUUUGAGCAGAUGAACAAAGGGCAAAUGGGAAGGCGGUAUGGCAACCCCUCAAAUGAAACCUAUCCUAGGAAAAUCCAGGGCACUGAUAAGUCUAAACAAGCAUCUGCAAGGCAAGUCACUUCUCGUGGGAGCAACCCCACAGUCCAACAACCAGUGGACAAAGGGAAAGCCCCGAUAACGGGAUCCUCUCACCAAAAUUCUGGCAUAGAAGUAUGUUUCAAGUGCCACAAAAAGGAACACUUUGCCAAGCAAUGCCCUAAUAGGAAUUUAGUAAUUGAGAGAGAAGAAGAAGAGGAAGAGGAAGAAAAUGAUGCACCAUAUGAUGCUGCAAAUGAAGCAGGUGAAGAUGUGCUAAGUAGUGAGGAUGAUGAGAAUGCGCAGCUAAGUGUGAUGAGACGCCUUAUGUGUGGGAGUAAAAGCUGCAAGAUGAUCAUAGAUGGUGGGAGCUGUAUGAAUGUGAUUUCAAAGUCAGCAGCUGAAAAGUUGAGAUUAAAAACAGAGCCUCAUUCCAACCCAUAUAAUGUUGCAUGGGUCAAUGCAAUGACCAUGCCAGUAAGCCAUAGGUGUUUAGUCCCCAUUAAAAUUGGAGAGUAUGAGGACCAAAUUUGGUGUGACGUGCUGCCUAUGAAUGUUGCUCAUAUUCUAGUUGGGAGACCUUGGCUAUUUGACAUGGAUGUCUCACAUAAUGGGCGUGCCAACACCUACUUUUUUAAGUGUAAUGGAAAAAGAAUUAUUCUCAGUCCAUUUGAGCCCAAGAGUGGAAAAAGCAAGAAGAAAGAGGAGACGAAAGGAAAACAAGUUGGUCAACCCUUACAUAUUCUAAACAAGAAGGACUUUGAGUUUAAGAGUCAAGAAACUCAGGUCGUUUAUGUGGUUGUUGCCAAGGAAGCCGAGCAAAAGAGUCUUGAACAGGAGACACCUCCAGAAGUAUUCCCUAUACUUUCUGAGUUUGAAGAUGUCAUUUUUGAGCCACCUAGUGAGUUGCCUCCGAUGAGAGAUAUUCAACAUGCUAUUGAUCUUGUUCCUAGUUCAUCUCUACCUAAUUUGCCACAUUAUAGAAUGAACCUAAAGGAACAUGACGAGGCAAAUGGAUGA